AUGCCUCCUACCGCAGACGAAGUCCUUCAAGUCACCCAAACAGCCGUCUCCAUCUUCCAGGGCCUCGGCCUCUCAUGCUGUCUCUUCGGUAGCGUCGCCAGCUAUAUCUACGGCGUCGCCCGUCCCCCAAACGACGCGGACAUCGUGGUCCUCACCUCCGUCUACUCCCAAGAGGAGCUCAAGGAGCUCCUCGUCGGGACCGACCCCACCUUCUACCUCGUCGUCUCCGAGAACCUCGCCGCCCCCUACCGCGUCCUCUGGUACCGCCUCUCCAAGUCCGAGUACCAGAUCGCGCGGCCCUUCGAAGACUGCAAGGUCGACAUCUUGACCCCGGGGACGCUCAACAUCCCCGACGUGCCCCUCGAGAGCGUCGGGCUGCGGCAGGGCCUCCCGGUCAUGCCGCUCAUCCCCCAGCUCCUCCUCAAGGUCCAGGGAUGGGAGGACCACAGGCGGUCGCAUCGGAUGGACAUGCGGGCGAAGGUGCCGGUCGACAUCAAAGACGUCGACUCGCUCGUCGACGUCGCGGUGAGGGAGAAGGCGAAGCUGGGAGAAAGCGGACUGCAGGAGUGGUUUUCGGAGGAGGUGGCACUUCAGCUGAAGAGGCAAGUGGCGGACUUCGUAGAAACCGCGUCUCGACGUGGGCCCCACAAAUGGAGGAGGCUGGGUCUUGGCGAACGUGAGGUGGUGCAGUCCGACUGA